AUGUCGGAGGAGAACUCGGAUCCCGAGCAGUCGACCAGUGAGCUCGGCGGUCAGCUGGACUACUCGCCGGUGUCGUGGCGUGAGUAUUUUGAUCAGAUGGAGGACGUGAGCGUGGGGCCGGCCGACAGCAGAGACGUCUUCAGGAUUUACAAAGCGGGAGGCGACGGCCCCCUGCUGGUCCUGCUGCACGGAGGAGGUCACUCCGCCCUGUCCUGGGCCGUGUUCACCACGGCCAUCGCCAGCAGAGUGACCUGCAGGGUUCUGGCCAUGGACCUCAGAGGUCACGGUGCGUCUCUGGUGAACCAAUCAGACGACUUCACCACACAAACCAUGUCCUGCGAUGUAGCCAACGUGAUACGAGCCUGCUACAGCGAGACUCCUCCCCCUAUCGUCCUGAUUGGUCACGGCGUUGGGGGGGCGAUUGCGGUGCACGCAGCCAGCAACAUGCUGAUACCAUGCACUGUGGGUCUGGUGGCCAUAGACGUCGUGGAAGGCAGUGCCAUGGAAGCACUCCACGGCAUCCAGAAGUUCCUGAGAGAAAGACCCAAGACCUUCAAGUCCAUGGAGCACGCUAUCGAGUGGAGCGUGAAGAGCGGACAGAUCCAGAACCUGGAGUCUGCCCGAGUCUCCAUGGUUGGUCAGAUCAAGAGAUGUGAGGCGGUGGCGGUGGCGGUGGCGGUGGUUGACCCCGUGGAGCCGGCCGGCCCGGUGACUGACGAGCUCGUCCAGCGCAACGAAGAGUUCUCCGAUCAAAGCUUCGUGAAUGACAAAGAACACACUGCUUCAGAGGGGGGCGUCGGGGGGGAGCAGGGUGAGUACCGCUGGCGUAUAGAUCUGUCCAAGUCAGAGAAGUACUGGGACGGCUGGUUCAGAGGAACCUCCAACCUCUUCCUCACCUGCAACCUGCCCAAACUCCUGUUGCUGGCAGGAAUCGACCGACUGGACAGAGAUCUGACCAUCGGCCAGAUGCAGGGUCAAUUCAUGAUGCAGGUGCUGCCCCCCUGUGGCCACGCAGUGCAAGAAGACAAACCAGACAAAGUGGCGAACGCCGUGGCCGCUUUCCUGUUGAGACACAAGUUUGCUGAAGCCAGAAGAGAAACCAGGAGCUCGGACACGAUGAGGUCUGAAGAUCAGAAAUAAGAAACGAUUCAGAGACGACUGAAGAGCAACAUGAAUUUCUUUAUUCCGUCUUCAACUGGAAUCAGUUUCUGCUAAAGUCUCAAACUGAAUCUAAUGUAUGAAUAGUUUUCAGUUAAUAAGCUGUUCAGUUUCUGGUCAUUCACUAGUCAAAGUCAAUUCCACAUAUAAGUAAUCAUACAAAUUAUUUAUGUCUUUGAAUGUUGUUUUUCAUUUGCUCAGUUGAAAAGUACAAGGUGCUGAUUUAAAAUGUAGUAGUUUGUAGUAGUUUCUAAGAAUAACUUGAGGAUUUACUGUUUUUAUUUUCAAUGAUGAAACAAAACACCAGACUGGAAUGAAAGAACAAAAACUUGCAAU